UUUCCUACUCCAAUGAGCUCUUCUCUCUCACGGCUGCUCCACAAUUUCAUCAGUCAAUCGCCACAUAAAAAAUCCAGCUGACACAGUCGAGCUCUUCUCUCUCUCACAAGUCACAACUGCUGCAAGCGGGACUUCAAAAAUACAGUGUUGAUCAAACCAAUGGCCGCCAACGGCAGCGAUGGUAUUUUCGUGGCCCAGCCACGGAGUGCUGACCCGCUCAACUGGGGGAAGGCGGCGGAGGAGCUGUCGAGGAGCCAUCUGGACGCCGUCAAGCGGAUGGUGGAGGAGUACCGCAGGCCGGUGGUGGUCAUGGAGGCUCGACGAGUCCGCCCGCAGCCGCGUCAAGGAGAGCAGCGACUGGGUCAUGUACAGCAUGGCCAACGGCACCGACAGCUACGACGUCACCACCGGCUUCGGCGCCACCUCCCAUCGGAGGACCAAGGAGGGCGACGCUCUGCAGAGGGAGCUCAUUCGGUUCCUUAACGCAGGGGCAUUCGGCACCGGCAGCGAUGGUCACGUGCUGCCAGCGGCCACCACGCGCGCGGCGAUGCUUGUCCGCGUCAACACCCUGCUCCAAGGGUACUCCGGCAUCCGCUUUGAGAUUCUUGAGACAAUUGCCACGCUGCUCAAUGCCAACGUUACAUCAUGCCUGCUGCUCCGGGGCACCAUCGCCGCUAUCGGCGAUCUCGUUCCGCUCUCCUACAUCGCGGGACUUGUCACCGGCCGCCCCAAAUGCCGUGGCUAUGGCUCCCGAUGGUACCAAGGUUAA